AUGGAGCAGGUGUUGGUUAASACUCUGGAUGAGMUGACGAGUGACGAGAUGAAGAGAUUCCAGUGGCUCCUGAUCAAGCACCAGAGGSYUYGCUAUGAGCCCAUCAYWAAAAGCGAGUUGGAUCGCGACACAAGCAGGGAGAAUACCGUGGAGCUGAUGGUGAACAAAUACAGAGAGAAUGGGGCUCUGGGUGUUACAAUUAAUAUCCUGAAGGACAUGCACCAGAAUAAACUUGCUGACAAGUUGAAGACAAAGGCAAACAUUCUCAAAGGAGCGGAUAGGAACACUGCAAAGAAGAGCAUUGCUGUGAAGAGCACUGCAAAGGAGAGCACUGCAAAGGAGAGCACUGCGGCAAAGAGCACUGCAAAGGAGAGCACUGGCAUUGUGCUGAAGAGACCUGCCAAGGAGACACCAGCGGCAAAGGGCACUGCGGCGAAGAGCACUGCGGUGAAGAGCACUGUGGCGAAGAGCACUGCGGUGAAGAGCACUGCAAAGGAGAACACUGCGGCAAAGAGCACUGCAAAGAAGACCACUGCCACUGUGGCGAAGAGCACUGCAAAGAAGACCACUGCCGCUACGUUGAAGAGACCUGCAAAGGGGAGCAGUGAGGCGAAGAGACCUAAGCUGUUGUAGAUCAAUAGAAUGGGCCCAUAUGGCAUACUUUCUUUUAGACCGGUUUACAAUUAAUAAUGAUAUUUCAUAGGAUUUCACUUUUCUUUUACAUACUGUAUUUUCUUAAGCUUUUCUCUGAAUUUUUUGCAUUUUACAACCAUGACAAUGAAGUAAAAAUUAUAAUUUUCAAGAAUUGGUAGUUAGACAUUUUCUCAUAUGCUCUUCAGAACAUAAAAUACGCAAUAAAAAAAUACUAACCGAUGUCAGCAAGGCUCGAUAAACAGGGCUGCCCGCUGGAAACCCUCCAGACCAGUCGAUCAUCCCCGUCAGUCGCCCGCUUGGGCCAGUGAAAAGUAUAUUGUAAUAAUGCUUUUUUUUWAUCUAGGUUAUAUAGCUGAUUAAAAAAAGUUUCCCGAA